AUGGGCCAGCUAUCCCCAGGCACUCAUACAUUCAACGCCCCAAAUGGGUUGAUAUUCAGAUACACCAUUCGCGGAAACGCAACUGCUAACAAGGGUCAAAUGGUUCUUAUCCAAUGUCCAGGCUGGGGCAUAGGACCGCAAUACCUUCAAUCGGGUCUCACCCCGUUAGAAUAUGAGUACAAACUCCUCUUCUUUCAUCCACGUGGAUCCGCAGGGUCCUCCAGGCCCACAAACUCCUCUGAAAUGACGUCGUUCGACAUGGCUGCCGACCUAGAAUUGUUUCGGCAGUACUUAAACAUAGACCGCUACCCAAUGAUGCUGGGGCACUCACAUGGAGGGACGAUCGUGCUGGCGUAUGCCGAAAUGUUCCCGCGACAUAUUGCGAAAUUCGUGCUGAUCGAUCACCGGCUGCUUGGGCAUGAUGACUCGACAGCGCUUAUGCGGCAUCGAGAGGAGCGGGAGGGAGAUGUUCGAUUCGAGUUAGCGUAUCAUACACUGCGUACGGAUUUUCCAACUAGCGAUGAGGAACUGAAGGAAUAUCUGGAGACGAUAGGGGAUCAGGGCUAUUCGUUUUGGUGCCUGGAAAAGAUGCGGGAUUGUGAUCGGACUGCUGCGAUGGGUAAAAGGAUGAUUGAUGGGCUCAAGAAUGUCACAGCGCACACUUUGAUAAUCUUUGGAGCGCAGGAUUGCCAGUGUACGAUAGAAAACGCGGAGCAAACGAGGAGUCGUGGUGUAGAUCUCGCAACCAUCGUCAUUCUAAACCAGUAUGGGCAUUUUCCUUGGCUGGAGAAGCCGGACGAAACAUUUAUGGUUAUAACGGAAUUUUUCGGGGAUGGCCACUAA